CUUUCUUCUUAUCCAAUUAUUGGUUGCAUUAGGAGAAGCCAAAUUAUCUUUUGCGUCUCUGAGCUGUGUAUUGAACUACAUCUCCUUCAAUGGCUUCCCUAUCAACCAGUUCUCUAAGCUUCAAAGCUCCCUCCCUCCCUACAAGAAUUUCUCAGGUGUUAAGAAAACCCUUGAGUUUCCAGUCUAUCUCCUUUGGACGUUUUCAGUCUUCAAAGAAGCUUCGUCUUCAGAUCAGUUGUGCAGCAAAACCAGAGACCGUGCAGAAAGUGAGUGACAUUGUAAGGGAACAAUUGGCUUUGUCGGCCGACACUGCGCUCACUGCUGAGUCCAAGUUCUCUGCUCUUGGAGCUGAUUCUCUCGACACCGUAGAGAUAGUGAUGGCUUUGGAGGAGAAGUUUAACAUAAGUGUGGAGGAAGCUGAUGCUCAGAACAUUUCGACGAUUCAAGAGGCGGCUGAUUUGAUUGAGGAUCUUGUUCAGAAGACACCUGCGGCCUAAGCUUCGUAAACUAUCCCGGUUUAACACAAACCGGCUGUCUUUUUUCUUUUUUUCCUUCUUUCUGAGCUAUCUUGAUUUCAGAUCAUUUUAUUUUGGUUUUGUUAGACCAUGUUAUUAUUUUUUGUUUUCCUCUUUUGGAAGUUAAGAUUGGAUGUUGAUGAUGAGAAAACUUUGGCACGUUGAGAUUGAUUUUUUACUCACAUUUUUCAAAUGA